GGGACGAAGCAUUGCGGUGAAUUCGUUGACUUUCCUCGAUUCAUUUGUGCAGUUUAUAAUCUUGAGGCAACGCAGAUUUUGUCACUGCAGUCAAGAUGGAUUUCCAACGUACUAAAGCUACCUUCGAGCUCGCGGGCCAGGAGUUCCCUCGAGUAACAUGGUACACGCAGAAGGGAAUGAGAGGCUUGUACUGUUGUUUGAUGUUUGUUGUUUUGACCUCGGCAACAAAUGGAUACGAUGGAUCCAUGAUGAACGGUCUUCAGUCCCUUCCCGCCUGGGAAGCUUAUUUCCACCCCACGGCCUCUCAACUUGGACUUCUUAACUGUAUUAUGUCGGUCGGCUCGCUUGUCGCCCUCCCCUUCGUACCAUACGCUGCGGAUAUAUUGGGCAGACGUACAGGUGUUAUGAUAGGUUGCACAAUCAUGAUCGUUGGUGUAUUGCUACAAAGUUUGGGAUAUACCUUCGGCUUGUUUGUAGGCGCUCGAUUUUUGAUUGGAUUCGGAGUCGCAAUCGCACAUGGGGCAUCACCAUUGCUCAUCACUGAGCUUGUCCACCCACAACAUCGAGCUAUCUACACCACCAUUUACAACACUACAUGGUACAUCGGAAGUUUUGUUGCUGCUUGGUUAACAUUUGGAACAAACAACAUUGCAGGAAAUUGGUCAUGGAGAGCUCCUUCCGUCGUACAGGCUUUCCCAUCUAUCCUCCAAAUGACUUUUAUAUGGUUUGUGCCAGAAUCACCAAGAUGGCUUAUUGCAAAAGGCAAAAAUGAGCAAGCACUCAAGAUCUUGGCAGACGUACAUGCUUCUGGGGACCAAAACGAUGAAGUUGUACAGCUCGAAUAUCAGGAAAUUCGCCAAACACUAUUACUCGAGAAAGAAGUGGAGGGAAACCCAUGGGCCGAGCUCUGGAAGACUCCAGGAAACAGGCAUCGUCUUAUUAUUCUCGUAUCUCUUGGUUUCUUUUCCCAAUGGUCAGGAAAUGGCCUUGUCAGUUACUACAUUAACAUUGUACUGGAACAAAUCGGUAUCAAGAGCUCAACUACCAAGCUAUUGAUCAACGGUAUCCUUCAGAUCGUCAACAUGAUUGUAGCCACAGGAAUGUGCUUUUUCGUUGAUCGACUCGGUCGACGUCUAUUGUUCUUGGUUUCCACGGGAGGAAUGCUCGGUGUCUUCAUUGUCUGGACAAUAUGCUCGGCUCAAUUUUCAAUGCACGGAAGUACAGCUUCUGCAAAUGCGGUAGUAGUCAUGAUCUUCCUUUACUACGUCUUCUACAAUUGUGCGUGGUCGGGUCUUUUGGUUGGCUACAGUGUAGAGAUCCUACCAUACAAUAUUCGUGCAAAGGUAAUGAAUCCCUCUACUUUUCACUGGCGUUGCUAAUCGAAAUUAUAGGGAAUGACAAUCAUGUUCUUGGCCGUUGACCUCUCGUUAUUCUUCAACCAAUAUGUUAAUCCAAUCGCUUUGGAUCACCUUCACUGGAAGUAUUACAUAUUCUAUUGCGUAUGGUUGACCUUUGAGCUCUUUGUUGUCUGGAAGUUUUAUAUCGAGACACGAAAUACUCCUUUGGAGGAAAUUGUGAAACAUUUCGAUGGAGACAAUGCGAUCGUUGGUGGUCAAGUUGCGACCGAGAAGGCAAGAGUUAUUGCGGCGGAACACGAUUUGCAUAUUGGUGCUGAAGCUCAUGAUGGUGGUUUGGAUGAGAAGGCAGCUGCUCACCAUACAGAAGAGAGAAUUGUAUGAUUUUGAUGUUGUUAAGGCAAGGUAUGGACGGGCGUAUAAAGCUUAAAUAGAGCUAGAUACGGUGACAGUAAUAGGCGGAGACAAGUAGUUCCUUUAAUAUCCAUUGAAUUCUUCUAUUCAGCCCCUUUAAGCACGUUUCGUUGUGAUUAAUAGCAUGCAUGCGGUGACGAGUUCUGCUUUGCA